AUGCUCGCUCAGGGCCUGGUCCCCCCUCCCCACCCGGCCCUCCACGGCCUGCAGCACUUCCUCCCGCACUUCCCAGGCGCCCACCGUCCCUGUCCUGCCACUCCUGCUACAGGCCAGCGGACCCCGGUCGGCGCCCCUCGCCCCCCGGCCGAGGGAUCCAGGGCCUACGUCACGUGCGAGGACUGCGGGAAGGAGAUCCUGGAGACGAGCAUCCACACGCACCGCCGGCGAUACCACAAGCAGCUUCAGGAGCCGGUGCUGUGCUGCGGACAGUGGUUCCCCACGCGCUGGCACCUCAGCGCCCACCGCCGCUCCGCCCAUACCCGCUCCGCCCAGUUGCAUCCCCUCCGCCCCUUCGACGCCCUCUCCGGGCCCCGUCCUGCCGGCCUUUCCCCUUCUGCCCUACAUGCUCGCUCAGGGCCUGGUCCCCCCUCCCCACCCGCCCUCCACGGCCUGCAGCACCUCCUCCCGCACUUCCCAGGCGCCCACCGUCCCUGUCCUGCCACUCCUGCUGCAGGCCAGCGGACCCCGGUCGGCGCCCCUCGCCCCCCGGCCGAGGGAUCCAGGGCCUACGUCACGUGCGAGGACUGCGGGAAGGAGAUCCUGGAGACGAGCAUCCACACGCACCGCCGGCGAUACCACAAGCAGCUUCAGGAGCCGGUGCUGUGCUGCGGACACCCCUCCGCCCCUUCGACGCCCUCUCCGGGCCCCGUCCUGCCGGCCUUUCCCCUUCUGCCCUACAUGCUCGCUCAGGGCCUGGUCCCCCCUCCCCACCCGGCCCUCCACGGCCUGCAGCACCUCCUCCCGCACUUCCCAGGCGCCCACCGUCCCUGUCCUGCCACUCCUGCUGCAGGCCAGCGGACCCCGGUCGGCGCCCCUCGCCCCCCGGCCGAGGGAUCCAGGGCCUACGUCACGUGCGAGGACUGCGGGAAGGAGAUCCUGGAGACGAGCAUCCACACGCACCGCCGGCGAUACCACAAGCAGCUUCAGGAGCCGGUGCUGUGCUGCGGACAGUGGUUCCCCACGCGCUGGCACCUCAGCGCCCACCGCCGCUCCGCCCAUACCCGCUCCGCCCAGUUGCAUGCAAUCGAGUCAGAGUCCGUAGUAAGUUUGUUAGAUGUUCAGUCCUUGAAAUCUCUCCGUUUACAGUUCGGCAGCGCUGAUCCCACGACCACUAAGCGGGCCGAGGCGGGCAAUCCUUUGGGAAUUCUGAGGCCUAAAACAUAG